AUGGGCGAUAAAGAACUAGCUGUUAAAUUGGAGGAUGAACUCAAAUAUGAAAAAGCAGAAACCGUUGAUCCUAAGUUUAUUAAGAAUUUUCUGGAGAAUAAUCCUUUCAAGCAACAAGAGGUGCCAGAGGAAGAGGUGCAACCUCGCUUAAAGUUUCCUUACCGUUGUUCCAUAACAGUCGAAAAGGACAAUAAGGGCGCAUUGGCAUUUGAUACUGUAAUAGAUGACGGUGCGCUUCUUAUAGAACAUGUCGCAUUCUUUGCAGACGGAAGCCUGGUAGAUGGGACUUCAUCUGAAGCUGAGUGGAAGAGACGGUCUAUUUAUAAUGGACCAACAUAUGACACACUGGAUGACGACAUCCAAAGACUCUUUGAUGCAUACUUGCAGGAACGCGGGAUCACUGCUUCGGUGGCGUUAUUUAUCCCAAGCUAUGCAGAAUAUAAAGAACAACAAGAAUAUAUAAAAUGGAUUGAGCGCUUACGCAACUUUCUUGAUGGCUAA